AUGGACGAUACGCUGAAAAAACUUGGAACAACAACAGAUUAUCACAAGCUGCAUACGAAAAUAAUACGACUUGUCUUAGGAUGGUCCCUGUUAGUCAUGUUACUGACUUAUAUAGAGGUCAUAUGGAUGAAAAAUGAGUAUAAUUAUAACAAUGCAAAAGCUAUUUAUACGAGUGUUAUGAUAAAUUAUUGCAGCCAUAUUAAUUUUAUCAACAAUCUGAUUUUUAUCACUCUUCUUGGAUAUGUAGGAUUAAAGUUUGAUCAAGUUAACCAAUAUCUUCUGGAUUUAACAGAAGAUAACAAACGCGGAUUAAAACGAGUUUGGGAAAAUCCUGCAUCGCUUUCACAGAAACGCAAAUUCCUAAAGACUCGAAAUAGCGAAUGGAUGAUAUGGAUUAUAAUACAACUUCAUUUAGAGUUACGCAAAAUAUGUCGUGAGAUAGAUUCGAUAUUCGGAAUUGGGUUAACAAUGUCCACAGGAUGUUACUGUUGUUGGUUGGCGUAUACACUUCGUGAAACUUUUUACGUGACACUCUUCGACAAUUACAUAAAUGAUAAAAUACAGUUUCUUAUCUCAACUUUAGCCUGGUUUUUCAUUUUCUUCUUCAAACUUCUCUUCAUUAAUUUCAUAUGUGAGAGCAUCAGCGUUAAGGUAAAUACAACAGGAAACUUAAUCAACAGAAUAUCUUAUUCCAUUUGUGAUGUUGAAAUCCGUGAAAAUAUUUUGCAGUUUCUAUUGCAAAUAACUCAAGCGCCAGUUAGAUUCUACGGGAUUGGACUUUUUCAAUUUGGUUACAAGUUCCUAUACGGGUUUUUCAAAUAUAUUGCGACCGUUUUAGUUAUAUUAGCACAAGAUUAUACGAACAAGUACAUAGGAUUGAAGUUUGAUCAAAUUAACAGGCAUCUACAUAAACUGACCACAGAGAACGUGCGCGGAAUAAAGAGAGCUUGGGAAAACUCCGUAUUGCAUUCGCCACAGCGCAAUUUUCCGAAUGCGCCAAGUAGUGAAUAUAUGACAUGGAUUGUAAUGUGA